UUGUAUUGUUUCCUUCGUACUGUUCUGCGUGUUGGUUAUAAGGUGGUGGUGUUUUUUUCAAUAAAAACUUUAGUGCAUAUAAAAAAAAAUACAUCCACGAAAAAAAGUUAUUAUUUAACAAUUAACAAUAACAAAAACAAAGUUCAAGUGCGUGUGACUCAUUCAGUUUGAUUGAUUUAAAAACACCUCGUGAAUAUAAUAAAUUCGGUUAACAACCGAAAAAAACAUGAAUAAUUUCUCGCAUUUUGCAACCACAAAAUUGAAAUUUUGAGAAACACACAAACGAAAGACCUUUAAUAAGCAACAAUAGAAAAAAAAAAAAUUAGCUAAUAAAAAAACAAAACAACCGUGAAAAAAAGAACAACACAACAAACUUAAAUUUUUCUCUAUACAUUUUUUAUAACUGCAUAACAUUGAUAGAGAGAAAGUUUAAAUUAAUUGAAUAAAAAAAUUAUAAUUCAAACAGGAAAAAUACCUAACUUGGUUGAUUUUCCUCCAUCUAAAAGAAAUGGAAGUUUUUAACACAAAAUAUGCAGUUUUAACCAAACGCACGGACCUACGUCUUGAUCUCUGCGCCCUUCAAGAUGAAAAAGAAAACGAAAAAAUCCCUAUCGAACCUGGAACACUUGUUAAAGUCUAUGACACAACCACUGGCGGAAGCGGCAGCACAAACAACAACACUUUAAACAACAACAGUAGUAGCCAAAGCAACAGUAAUAGCAACAGCAAAACAACAUCCGUACAGAUUCUCGACUAUUUUAAUCACAAUCCAAUUAGUGAGAAUCUAUACGAGUGUCCGACAUCACAUUUGAAGCGUAUCCAUCAGGAUAUUUGGCCAUUUGGCAUAGCCAUAUCAGAUCCAACACGUCGCCUGCAAUUCUUUCUUAGUACAGAACAAUGUAAGCAUAUUCUGUAUUUGCGAGAAGGCGAAUUGGUGGCUGUGAAUGGAGCACUAUUUGGAAAUGCGAUGCGCUACGAAUGCAUUGUUCGAUAUAUUGGCCUUGUGCAGGAGAUGGGCCCAGGCUACUAUUUUGGGCUGCAAAUUAGGAGUUCAGAGAAUGUCAAUUCUCCACAGGAAUUGGAAAUCCCCUAUGUCAUCAAUUAUAUGCAAUGUGAUCCGCGAUUAGCUUUAAUCGUUUCAGCCGACUGGAUUGAACCUAUUGAUAUUAAGAAAAAAUCCUUCCCUCGAGAAUUACUUUGUGGGACAAUAGAUAAAGCCCGUUCAGCUAUUGGCCUAACAGCACGUCAAUCGACAUCUCGAAAAAGCUAUAAGAAAUCACCCACCAAAAAGGAUUCUCUACUCUUCCCGCAAUCAGAGACACAAUUUUACGUGCCUAGUCCAAGUGCAGCCGAUGAUUACGCCAGUAGCAGUGGUUGUGAAGAAGUUGACACUGCAAUGGAUCGAGGAGGACGUAGUCUAGCAACAGCACAAAAUCCAAAACAUCCACGAAAGGAUAAUAAGCCCACAACAAUAACACAUACUUUUACCAAAGAAGAAACCACGAUCUCACUUCCUGUACCACAAACUCAGCAGCAAUCCCAACCACAACAACAAGAUCAAAAAGAUAAAUCUAAUCAAAGUGACGAAGAUUUAGUUCCAUUGGAUAAUGAAGAUUACAACAAAUAUGUUGAAAACUACGAACGAAAUUUAGAACAGCGACAGCUGUACGAACAACAACAACAAAACAUUCCACCGGGUAUUUUGAAAUCCAGCAAACCUGCUCAACCUGUUGCCAAUAAUCCAGGUGGAGCAGCAACAACAACUGUGAAGAAGAAAACUGUAACAACAAGUAUUGAAGUACCUGUUAAGCCGGUAACCAUUAUGAGUCUAGAAGAUCGUGAUAUCAUUGUAAUUGAUAAGGCAGAUAUUAAAGAGUCUACAAAGAAUGAGGCAAAUGUUAUCGUUGUAGAUAACCCAAGGCAAACAAAAGAAGUUGAUUUGGCCGAUUUGUUAGGUGGCAAUUGGCCAAAUAAUGCUGGUGACGCUGCUAUGGUAUUGAAUACAACAGCACUAGCAGAUCAAAAUAACAAAUUGACGAAUAUGAGUAAUGGUGGGGCCAAUACGACAACAACUGCGAAUGCUGCUGCUGGUGGCAGUGUUGUUUAUGUCAGCAGUAGUAGCAAUAGUAGUGUGAGUAGCAUGAAUCAGAAAAUAGAUAGUAGGAGUAAGUCAGCCAAUCCAAUAUCGCAUUUGGUUGGGACGAAAAGUUUGGAUCGUAAGAAUCGGGAUCCACAUUGGGCGCAUUCAGAUUUGGCAACAAUUUCGGGAACUUCAACAUCCACAGGAAUAGGAAGUGGAACGGGUGAUGGAAUGAAAAAGGAAAAGAAGUUGAGAAAUACAAUCGAACCACUGUACGAUAAUGUCAACACACUUCCAGCGGUACCGCAAAGCAUUGCUCUUGCCUCACCUGAAGAGGAAUUUAUUCAAGCUUCGCCAAUGCACGAUGUCCCUGGGACCAAUUUGGGAGUUGGAUCAAUGGUUGAGGUAUCAACCGAAACAAGUGAAGAUCUGUACGGAGUAAUAAGAUGGAUUGGAUGUCCACCGAGUACAAAGACUGUUAUGGUAGGAGUUGAGUUAGAGGAUGAACAGGAAGACAAGCGAUUGCCACUAACCGAUGGUGUUUAUAAUGGAGCCAGACUCUUCAAAUGCCAAGAAGGACGAGCAUUGUUCUUGCUGCCAAAUCAAGUAGCAAAAGAUAGACGGUUUGUAGAAAUUGACACACCACAAGGAGCUGCCAAAUCAGCUGCAAAGACAUUAGACUCGAAAAUGUUUGGCCAAGUGGAAUGUCCAUCUGUGCCAGGAGCAGUUUCACCAUUGAAAAUAUACAAUUUGGAUGAACUAGAAGAGAUGUGUGGCAAAUUUAAAGGAAUUCAAGGACAUCAUAAUUCUUGUUACUUGGAUGCAACACUAUUUUCGAUGUUUACAUUUACAAGUGUAUUUGAUUCAUUAUUGUUUAGACCACCGGAACCAGAAGACAUAUCACAUUAUGAAGAAGUACAAAAAGUCCUUCGAGAAGAGAUUGUAAAUCCUUUGAGAAAGAAUAUGUUUGUUCGAGCAGAUCGUGUUAUGAAAUUAAGGCAAUUACUUGAUAAAUUAAGUUCUGUAAGCGGAUUAACAAGCGAAGAGAAAGAUCCUGAAGAGUUUUUAAAUAGUUUAUUGGCGCAGAUAUUAAGGGCUGAACCAUUUCUUAAGUUAAGUUCCGGCCAAGAUGCCUUCUAUUAUCAACUUUUUGUUGAAAAAGAUGAACGUCUUUCAUUUCCCUCAGUUCAACAAUUAUUCGAGCAGAGCUUCCUUUCAUCCGACAUUAAAUUGAAAGAAGUACCAUCAUGCCUUAUCAUACAAAUGCCAAGAUUCGGUAAAAAUUUUAAAAUGUAUCCGAGAAUACUUCCAUCGCAAGUACUUGAUGUUACUGAUAUUAUUGAAGACUCACCUCGCCAAUGUUCUGUUUGUGGAAAAUUGGCCGAGUACGAGUGUAAAGAAUGUUUUGGUAUUUUACAAUGUGGCGUUGGCUUAGAGAGUACUGCAUUUUGUAGAAAAUGCCUAGAGACUGUUCAUUCCCAUGCAAAGAGAGCAAAUCACACACCCAAGGAGAUCUCGGUUCCCCAUGAUUUCAAAAUAAUGGUUGAACAUUUAAAUGUUCCACGAUUGUUUAUGGAACUAUUUGCAGUCGUGUGCAUUGAAACUUCCCAUUAUGUAGCUUUUGUUAAAGCUGGUUCAGGUCUUGAUGCACCAUGGUGUUUCUUCGAUUCCAUGGCUGAUCGAAAAGGUGAACAAAAUGGAUAUAACAUCCCCGAAAUGAUAUCUGUUCCCGAUCUGCCACAAUGGCUAUCAGAAGAAGGAGCUCGAGCAGUAAAUGAAACAUCAUCAAAUGACAAAAUGUUACCGGAGCAUGCCAAACGUUUAUUUUGUGAUGCAUACAUGUGUAUGUAUCAGAGUACAGAUGUAAUGAUGUAUCGUUAGGAAUAAGUAUUUAAACAAAAAUUAACUAAUAAAUUAUUAAUUUACAAUGCAAACAAACACACACAUACACCAUUAAUAAAUUAUGAUAUAAUGAAAUAUUAAAAACAUUUUUAGAAUACAUAGUAUCCAAUUGUGAACACAUAUAGUUGAACUAAGCUGUAGAAACUUAUUUAUUAUACGAGUAACGAUAACAAAAUUGAAUGCAAAGCAUAAUAAUUAAUUUAUUAAUAAUAAUAAUAACAUACAAACAAUAUUUUUUGUCGUAUUGUUACCUACUUUUAAAAAUUUUACAUUUAAGUCAAUAUAUAUAUACACCA